AAAAGGAUUAAAAAUUACAAAUGCAGUGUGGUCUCAACUGCAUAGAAAACCGUACAUAGACAAAAACGGAAGAAAAUACAUACAAAAUGUGAACUAUGCUGGAAAUGUGGAUGAGUAUUCUUCCUGCUUUUCUGUAUUCUCCAAAUGUUCUUUGAUAAAUGUGUAAUACUUGGAUAAGAAGAAAAAUUUUCAAAUUUUCAAAGGAAGUGACCAAGUUCUGCCUCUUGCUCAGGUAGCGCCAUGGUCCUGGAAGCAGACAUCACCGUAGAAGGACUCAACACAGCCAACGAGACAGGGGUCCCCAUCAUGGCGCACCCCCCAGCCAUCUACAGUGACAACACGCUGCAGCAGUGGCUGGAGGCUGUGCUGGCCUCUUCCCAGAAGGGUAUCAAACUGGACUUCAAGAGCCUCAAGGCUGUGGGCCCCUCGCUGGACCUCCUGCAGCGGCUGACAGAGGACGGGAGAGUGAGGAGGCCUGUGUGGAUCAAUGCGGACAUCCUGAGGGGCCCCAGUGUGCCCAUCUCAAUCGAGGUCAAUGCCACACGGUUCCUGGCCUUGGUCCAGGAGAAGUAUCCUGAGGCCACCCUGUCUCCAGGCUGGACCACCCUCUAUGUGCCCCUGUUCCUGAACAGGACAUACACCCGAGCCAUGGUGGAGAGGAUGCAGGAGCUGGUGGGCACACUGCCACAGAGGGUCACCUUCCCCGUGCGGGCUGUCAUGGUACGGGCUGCCUGGCCCCACUUCAGCUGGCUGCUGGGCCAAUCGAAGAGGUACAGCCUGACGCUGUGGCAGGGUGCCUUGGACCCCGUGUCGGUGGAUGAUCUCCUCUAUGUCCGAGACAACAGCGCUUCCCACCAAGUCUACUAUGACCUCUUUGAGCCUGUCCUGUCACAGUUCAAGCGACUGGCCGCGAAUGCCACACGGAAGCGCAUUUACUACACGGGAGGCAGCCUGAUCCCUCUCCUCCAGCCCCCUGGGGGGGACGGUCUGAGCGUGGAGUGGCUGGUUCCUGACCUCCAGGGCAACAGAAGAACAGCAACAGUCAGCCUCCCAGACGGAGAAGGCAUGAUCCUGCUGACCGUUGGCCUCCAGGGGCCUGCAGCCAAGGACGCCGUGCCCGUCAUACGCGCCCCGGGAGGUCCCGCCCCGACGCUGGAGUCCUGCCUCCUGCAGCUGGCCGGGCGGCCCGGGCGCUGGGGUGUCCAUCUGCUCAUAGCAGAGCCCUCAGCCCUCCGGCCGGCCCUGACCACACUGGCCCGCCUGUCUGCCCUGGGCCACCUGCCUCGGCCUGUGUGGAUCGGGGCCACAGUCUCCCAUGGCAGCUUUGCGGCCCCUGGCCACGUGGCCGGCAGGGAGCUGCUGACAACUGUGGCUGAGGUGUUCCCCCACGUGACGGUGGCACCAGGCUGGCCUGAGGAGGCGCUGGGUGGUGGCUACAGGGACCAGCUGCUUGCGGAUAUGCUGGAGCUGUGCCGGGGUCUCUGGCAACCUGUGUCCUUCCAGCUGCAGGCCAGGCUCUUGGGCCCGAACCCAGCUGGGGUGGUGGCCAGGCUGUUGGCGGCCUCCCCCCGGGCCACUGUCACGGUGGAGCACCGUCCUGAGGGGGACGACUAUGCAUCGGUGCGGGCGGGGCUGCUGGGAGCCAGGGCUGUGGACAGGACCCGAGUCUACUACCGGCUGCCCCCGAGUUACCGCGAAGACUUGCUGGCAGAUGCUGGAGGGAACUGAGCACCCAUGGGUGCUGGGCCGGUGGGCCCCUGGCUCCAGGCUUCCCACGGGGGAGGCAGCAAGGAAUAAAUGCC